CACUUCCGCUUCCGUCGGUGACGGGAAGCGGAAGUUGCCGAGGGGACGUGUCGGAGUGCGGCGGGAGCCGGGAUCUGGGGCAAUAUGGAGCUAGAAGCAAUGAGCAGGUACACCAGCCCAGUGAACCCGGCUGUCUUCCCACACCUCACUGUGGUGCUGCUUGCCAUUGGCAUGUUCUUCACCGCAUGGUUCUUCGUUUAUGAGGUGACAUCCACCAAGUACACGCGAGACAUCUACAAGGAGCUGCUGAUCUCACUGGUGGCAUCGCUCUUCAUGGGGUUUGGUGUCCUGUUCCUGCUGCUGUGGGUUGGGAUCUAUGUGUGAGACCCAGGCAGAGUGAUGUGCGGACCCCUAGUGGCUGUGGGAAGCUCCGGAGUUCUUUUUGUAUUUGUUUUAUACUUCAGCAUGGGAGCUUGCUUCAGGCAUGGACUGUACUCCUGUCAGGUGGCUCCUGCCAGCACAACAAACCAAACCUGAAUAAAACUGGCUCUGUGAUGCACCUGC